AGUGCGCCCAUUCUCAACUCGACAGACUCGCGCGUCAAGAAGAUCCGAAGGGACGUCAAGAAGCAGAUUGGUGAAGCGUGCAACCAAGUGGCCAACACGCCCAAAUCCAUCAAGCUUGUGGUCGCCAAGCUCUGCAAAGUGCUCUCGGAGGCCCGGGCUGCAGGCCCCGAGUACCUCAACUUUCCUCUCGACAUUCUCGCAACGCGCCUCACGUCCCAAGUCAAAGUCCUCACCGAAAUCCGGUCGUGCUUCCCGCUCGCCCAUGUUGCGGCCAUGUGCAGCGUGCACACGCCAGACUUGCCGACAUCUUUUCCCGCGGUAGAUUUGCCCGUUUACGGUGCCGUUCUGCCCGAUGCGCCGUCCGGACCAAGUCCGAUGGCUCUGCUGAAGCUGGUUGCGCUCGUCGCUUCGAGUGAAGAGUACGCAACGCCGGUCCUGACGCGCCCGACCUUCCGCCUCGAGCUCUUCGACAAGCUCGUGCAGUCACUCCAUAUCGUGCGCAUUCCCAAUCAGCCGCUGAACGCGACCGAGUUCAACCGCACCGUCCUCGUCGUCGAAGACUUUGUCCGCAACCGCACGCAGCUUGCGGCGCUCAACGAAACUCUCGUGCGCUCGUACCUCUGUCGCCUCAACGCGACCGAGAUGAUCUCGCUCUUCGAAGUCGUGUCCAAGGACCUCACGAUGUUGCCUGUUGGGUUUGCGUACGUCGGUCUCGUCGCGGUGAUUGCCGCUAUCGUUAUGGACGUCAGUAGUGCAAAAGACCACACGGCGCGGGCCACGCUUGAUGGAAAGGCCGACGACGAAGAAGCGAGCGAUGCGGCAAAAGGUACGAUGAUGCGCGGCCCGGCCACUUUUGACGGGCUCGUGGCCCAUCUGGACGCGUUCUAUGGCGUGCGCGGCCCGACGAAGCGGCAAGUGCCAUUCCGCGACGUCUUUGACGCAGCCAAGACGACGCAUCUGGAAGACCUUCCAGCGAGCCUCUGGCCCGUGUGGGAUGCACUGGAGCGCUACUGUGAUGUAUCGACGUGGCAGCGGCUUGUCCAGGACCACAGCGACGCCAAGGGCAUGUGUGCGAGCGCGAUCCGCCGCGCCCGCAACCGAAACCUCAAGAACGACGCGAGGAUGGAUGCCCACAUGGGCCACGUCCUUGCCAUGCAAGCCGAGCUGCGCCUUGGCCAGGUGGCGAUUGCGCGCCACGUGACCACCGAGCGCGUCGCGACGGCGAAGGCCAUCGAGGCCAUGGUCGACUUGCCGAUCGCGCGUCUUGAGCCAAUGCCCGACGAGUUUGAUGGCGAUGUCUAUCUUUACGUCCGCGACACGGUGUCGGACAAAGUCAUCGUGGGUGACCCAUACCCCCUGCGCGUUCCGCACGGGGUAUGGUACCGCGAGGCGCUCAAGGGCGCCAUCAAAGGUGUCAUGGCCUGCUUGUUCCCGGCGGUGGCGGUCGGUGCCGCGGUAGCAUCCUUAGCGAUGCUUGCGCCCCAGGCAUCCGGCAUGGUGCGGUCAGCCAAGCUACUGACGGACAAGAUCAUCCAGCUCGGCGAUCCGCAGCGAACGUACGGUGGCAGCAAGACGGUCGUUAACCAAGACGGCGACAAGGUCCUCCGCGGCACUGCCGAAAACAUCGCUGCUUAUGAGCGCGAGAUGGCAGCGAAGUCCACCAACCGCAUGACGUAG